GAGCGGAUGUCAGGUACUGUACUUGCUUCUGUACCUGCAAAGUGUGCGUGUGGAUGCACAGAGCAGUGCUAUCAGCUGCAAAAGCAACCAAAACCUUGCUGUUAGCUUGUGCAAGUCGACAGUUGUAAUAUACUGACUGUAACCUACACACCGCUGAGAAGCUAGUUAGCUAGCUGUGCGGCUAAAUCCGACGGCUGUGGACGGUCCAGAUGGCGGCUGUUAAAAGCGUGAGAAAGAUGUAUGGAUUGUGUUUCCAUGCGGUUCGUCAGACAGCAGGAUUAAAGUGGUCGAGGCUGCUGCAACAAAGGACCUUCAGAGUCAGUGCUGUGCACCAGCAGCAGCCUUUUGAUUCAACACUGGAAAAGCCACAGUUCCCUGGAGCCUCGGCGGAGUUUGUGGAUCAGCUCGAGUUCAUUCAGCCAAAUGUCAUCUCUGGGAUCCCUGUGUACCGCGUUAUGGACAGACAGGGCAACAUCAUCAACCCCUCCCAAGACCCCCAGCUCCCUAAAGAGGCCGUUUUAAAUUUCUAUCAAAAGAUGACUCUGCUGAACACGAUGGACCGUAUUCUCUACGAGUCACAGAGACAGGGCAGGAUUUCCUUCUAUAUGACCAACUAUGGUGAGGAGGGGACGCACAUUGGUAGCGCUGCUGCUCUUGACCCAAAUGACCUGGUUUUUGGCCAGUACAGAGAAGCUGGUGUGCUGAUGUAUCGCGGUUUCCCCCUGGACUAUUUCAUGGCUCAGUGCUAUGCUAAUGCAGAUGACCUUGGUAAGGGCCGGCAGAUGCCGGUCCACUAUGGGUCCAGAGACCUGAACUUUGUCACCAUCUCCUCUCCUCUGGCCACUCAGAUUCCUCAGGCGGCUGGAGCUGCGUACGCCAUCAAGAGAGAAAACCUGGACCGUGUUGUAAUCUGUUACUUCGGAGAGGGAGCAGCCAGCGAAGGGGACGCCCACGCUGGCUUUAACUUCUCCGCCACCCUCGAAUGCCCGCUGAUAUUCUUCUGUCGAAACAAUGGUUACGCUAUCUCCACCCCCACCAACGAGCAGUACAGGGGUGACGGCAUCGCUGCUCGUGGUCCUGGUUACGGCAUGCUGUCCAUUCGUGUCGAUGGUAACGAUGUGUUCGCUGUGUACAACGCCACAAAAGAAGCGCGGCGCCGAGCAGUGGCUGAAAAUCAGCCGUUCCUCAUUGAAGCCAUGACCUACAGAAUCGGCCACCACAGCACCAGUGACGACAGCUCCGCGUACCGCUCGGUGGACGAGGUGAAUUACUGGGACAAGCAGGACCAUCCCAUCUCCAGGCUGAGGCACUACAUGACGGCCCGUGGCUGGUGGAGCGAGGACGACGAGAGGAGCUGGCGGAAGCAAUCCCGCAAGACGGUGAUGGAGGCGUUCGAGAGAGCAGAGAAGCGCCUGAAACCCAAACCUGAACUCCUGUUCACCGACGUAUACGAAGAGAUGACCCCCCACAUCAGCAAGCAGCGGGAGUCUAUGUGGAGGCAUCUGCAGCAGUACAAAGAGCAUUACCCCCUUGACCUCUACGAUAAAUAACCACGCCAGUGUGGCUGAAACAAAUGAGUAGGAUUGUGUCAGUGUUGUAUUAAUAAAAAAACAUAGUUUUGCAGUGAAGUUUAUUUUUUCUUUCUCUACAACAGAGGUGAAAGAAAGAGGUUUGACCAUUGCGUGUCAGUCGUGAAGCUCAUGUAAAUGCUCAAUCAUCAGAGCUUAACGCGGUCACUGCUGGUGACGCGCAACAAACCACUUGUUUCAUUAUGCGCACCAACAAAAAAGUCCAACAGUCUCAACCUUUAGCCCUGGACUUUGUCUUCUGCUGUGGUGACGUUCAACGUGUGUCCCGUGCCUUUGAGCUUACUGUUAAAUGUUUUGUCAAAAAUAAAAAGUGAAACGUU